UAGACGUUGCUCUUAUUGUUCGUGUCCUGAGACGCUGCAUUGUAACUUGUUCCCACACAUAGUGCCUUAAAUAUUUGAGGUUGUUAAUGUUACUACUUAUAUUAAUGUACUGGACUGCAGCACUUGAAAUUCAAAGCUGUCAAUGCGGUCGGUGCGUGCGUGUGUGUGUGCGUGUGCGCGCGUGUGUGUGCCUGUGUGCGCGUGUGUGUGUGUGUGUGUGUGUACACGGGGCACACGCACAUAUCUGCAUGGAUGUGACGGAUAGCAUUGAUCAGUGGUCAUUUUUGGGUUCAGCAGAUAUUUCAGAAAUUGUGAGUUUUGGAAGAUGGCAUGCUUUGCUGAGGCAAAUGUUUGCUGUAUUUUUUUUGCCCCCUCCCCCCAUCAAAUGAACUAGUGUACAAAGAGCAAGACGUUAAAUAUUGCUUAAUAUUUGAUAAUCAAUUUCUAUUUAGUAUACUCUUAUUACUAACAGUAUUUAUACUGUUUAAUGAAACUGCAAUACAAUCUGAAUACUUGUUGAUUUUGUUUUUUGUAUUUUCCUUGUGUUUGGAUUUCUUUGAACAUUUAGAGUUGUGGUGGGCAUGGCUUUGGGUAGAUUAAGACAAAUGCAAAUAGCUCUUCACAGUUUGGAUUUAUCUUAGCUUGAGUAAACCAUGCAGUAUUUGGUAUGUGAUUUUAUAUAUAUAUAAUUGUCAUAUAUAUAUAAAAUGUAGAUCUAGAUUUAGUGCUGAAGCUUGAAAAGGUGUGAGUUGUGUGCAAUUUCCUCAUUUAUGCAUGUGACAGAAUUUUUCUUAUUUUCUCCUUUAUUACACCAUUUAAGGCUUGUUGGUGUCGACUGCUUAUUUUAUACAUUCCGUCAGGGAGAAUAUAUAUGCUGUGUGCCCCCCUCCCCGUUGUCCGUUUGCUGGUAUGUGCAUAAAGUUUUUGUCUUUACUUUUAAAUGAAGUUGCUUUUGCAGCACCAAAGACUGUAAUUGAUUUUCCUAAGCAAGGUAGCUACUCUUUGCAUAGACCUCAAGUACGCUGUUUUUCUGGAAAUGGGGUAAACUUACAAAAAAGGUAUUGAAAAAAUGGUUGAGGCUAUGUUUAGCUUUUGGGCGAGUAAUAAGUUGUAUCCUUUAUCUUGAAUGUAUCAUAGAUAAGCUGCUAUAUAAUGAUUGCCACUUCAGAUAGCUGUGAAAUUAGGUGAUUAACUUAGUUCAAUCUUAGCAUUCUUAUUUUUGUAUGUCUAAUUACCUGAAAUAGAAGUGGGUUUUUGAUUUAAAUUUUUUUGCUUUCAUGUUUGGAGUGUCAUUGUAACUACUGUAUUGCAGAUUAUGGAAGUUAGUUGCAUUUUUUUCUGGGGUGUUUUUUGCAUCAGUAUUUUAUCUUCAUUAACCUUUUGGGCUCAUCACUGCAUAUAAAUGGUCGUAUUGAUGUAACUUAAUUUUUUGUAUGUUUUCUUAUUGGCAUUUUGUAGACAAGCAAAGCUAUAGCUUGCAGGAUUGACUUAACUUUUCAAUGUGGCGGUUAAGUACUAACAAGGAUUAACUCCAAGACGUAUGGUUUCCCUGGCAUAGAGCAGAAAACGAAAUGCCAAGGCAUUCAGUAAUGUCUUCAUGUAAUAACACACCACUAAGCACUUGACUGUCAAUAAGCUAAAACUAGACGAAAAUCAUAUACCUUUUUCCUGUUUAGUGACAUUGCAGUGUUCGGCUGAAAAUGUUUGUCAAUGACAUGAAAUUUGUGCUAUCAGUUCAAUCCUUAUGAAAGUGAUUUUAAACCCAUUUUUAUCAAAGACAUGAAUUACUGUACGUUUUCUACCAAUUGUUUUUACCUGUUCGGUGUAAUAUUUAAUCAGACUGGGAUGUUUCAGGGUUCCUCUCCUGGUCUCAGUGUAACUUGGCUGAACCAUAUAAGAAGCUGGUCUGAUUGGUCUGUUCGAAGCCCUCUUUACCCCCCCUUGCUAGUCCUUUCAUAUCAGAGUGGACUCAGUGACUCGCUGACCACUCCAUCUCCUUACUUUGUUGACGACAGUGUGAGCAGCACUGUAUUUGUGCCUUGAGAAUCCAGUGGUUUAGAGCACUGACCACCACCACCCCCUGAACCCCCCCCCUCCCCCCAAACCUGCUUUUCGACCGCUCGCUAGAUAGGGGACAGGGGGAAUGGGGGGGGGGGGGGGGGGGGGAGUGUAAAGAAUGGUGAAACUCUGUUGCAGAACCAACAGCGAACGACGCAGCGCUCCAAAAGUUGCAGUUUGACCAAAAAAAGAAUUUGUCAUGCUGUUGUCAUUCCAGGGAUCUAAAUUCUGCUUUUACAAGCUGUUAAGCAGAAUAGCAUUAUCUGGGAAUGACGACAGGCGCUGAGGACAUAUCAGCUCCUUGGCUGAUUUCAGGAACUGUUGCCUGUCUACAAAGCGUCAGCAUGUUGCACAAUGGCCACCCCUAAGAAGGCACUUUAGCUGUCUGACAUCUAUUGCUCCUUUUGGAAAUCCGACUGUGGCAGAAUGGAAGCUGGAAUCUUUUAAUUUGUUUCAUCAGGCUGUUUUGAUAAGUGUUCUUAGAGUUCUCCAUAGUCGUCAGCGUAAUCAUUGAGUUGAAUAACAUGAGCACAUUCAAAUUGUUAAUGUGAAAACUCUGGCUAUUAUUUUUCUCAUAAAAAAUAAGUUACCAAGGAAAUUAUAAAAUGGCUUUCUGCUUAGUCAGGAAAUGUGUUCGCAGUGCUUAACACACAGAGCACGCUUGUCGUCUCCGGAAAGCUUUACUUCUACACUGUGAAUGUACACAUACUGUUCCAGGAGAUUAUUUGCAGUUUACAGCCAUGAGGAAAGUCCAGCUCCGAUCUGAGUAGCUUUCAAAAGAGAACUGCCUUUACUGAAUAACCUUUAAUGCUCCAAGGGGCUGCGACCGAUCAAACUGGGUGACAGGCCCCAAAAGGAGUGCGAACGAGUACAGACGAGAACCGGGUAUGGAGGCUCGCUGGUGGUUUUUGCAUCCAAUUUAAAAAUGUUCUUUUCAAUGAAAAUGGCAAGUUAUAGGCAUUGAGAACAAUUAAUUAAAAAAAAUGCAUGAUCUUGACAAAUCACAUGCUGCGAAUUUGCUGUCUGAUAUGCAUGUGUGACUUAAGCUGUAUUUUGAUGUUAUCUACCAGCAAAUAUGGCUGCACAAAAUGCCCACGGUAACCAAAACUACAGAGAAAUGCAAUUGAGUAGGAUUUGAUUUAACAGGCAAUUCCAGUGUCAUCAUCCAAAAUGGGAUUUGAUAAACAACAAAGCAUUUUCUAAGCAAGUAUAGAACUAAUCAAACACUGCAGUUUUAAAAUUUCCAUUGAGUUUUUAGUUUGCUAAAUUAUUUUAUAUACUGGUAUUACUCUUAGACAUGCUUACAAAGUUAAUUCAGGGUCUUUGUAUUAAUCCAAUGUGCUACUGUAUUAAUCUUAAAUCCUUACUACUUGGUUGAUUGCUUUGUAUUAUUUUAUUUUUUUUAAAAAAAAAAAAACAUUUAUUUCCUUUUCAGGUUAGCUGUGCUAGAAAAAGUUAAUUCACGCUGCAAGUUAUGGAAUCUAUUUAGAUUACACGGCAAAUAGACUUGAUUACUAAAUUUGAACUGUUACUGUUUUAAUAUUUGUAGAUUUUGUGGCUUUCCUUUGUGUUAUUUUUUUUUUGCUUUUGAUUUUAUGCUACACUAGUUUGCCAUGUAGCAAUCGCACUGUGCAAUAUUUACAAUAUGAGGACUGGGAAAAUAAAUUUCUGGAUGUAAUGUCUCUUACAGUUUGCGAUAGUAUUUCUCUCUAGUUCUCAGUGAUUUAAAUGUGACCAAGCCUUCUGUACUUUGUCACAAAAAGCGGGUUUUCCAGGUGACUAUUUUGGUGAGUGUCAAAAUAAGAAUUUAUGGUGUAUUAUUGUCAAGAUUCACUUUGAAUUAAAUAUCUAUUGCUGCAGCAAACUGGUGUGUGUUUUAAUUGGUUUAGAAAUGGCUGCAUGGAUAAAAGUUCUUUUUCCUUUUUAUACUCUUGUUAACCGCUCUGUAGAUGGGUAGUGAGGAUCUGGGCAUUUGAUACAGGUGAUCAGCUGUUUAAACUAGUUUGUAUGCUAAUCGGUCCUGUUACAUCCCCAGAGUGAGAACACAGCAGGGGAGGAUUCAGUGCUUAAAAUGUUCCACCCUCUGAGAACAUAAGUCUGUUGUGCAAAAUUAAUUCAAAUCCUAACAAUGUCUUAUCUCUCCCUUUAUGUAUAGCUUUUGGAUACUAAUGCAAUGCUGCUCAUUUCAAGCUAGGGUGAUGGCUAUGCAAAAUGUCAAGGGGAAUGUGAAUUUGACCUUCUGGCGGGUGUGGGGGUGGAUGGAAUAUUGUAUUACAGCUGUGUUUGAUUGGAAUUGAAAAUCUUGAUGUGGUAUUGAGCUCCUCACAAAUUAGUUGAGUGUUGAGCUAUGAAAAGAGUCACCACAGAUUGUGCAGCUGUGGCUGGUGAAUUGCAUUAUGGCCUCACACCUUCAGGACCCUGGGUUUGUUUCUCACUCCACUCUCUUGUUGAGGUUUUCGGUGAUGGACUGGCACCCUGACCUGGGUGUUCCCAACAACUGUAAUUAUAAUCAGCCUGGAAUUUUCCUGGUGGGUCAAUGGGCUUGCUGGCAAAAUUUAUAGUAGGAGACCCCAAAGUUCCGCCCUGAUUUAAGAAACAUCGAAAUUCAAUGUAUGUAUCAUAUCCAGUUUUAUCAUUGCUUUGCUUUGUUUUUCUAUGAAUGUGUUAGCAGUACAAAAUAAUACAAUAUCCUCUACAGGCUAGUCAUCUUCAUUUAAACGGUUAUAAAAGCCUGUUUCUCACACGCACGCUCAAACACGAGAGAAAUGUCAGCUACAGUGGUGUCUUCAACGCACCGCACGAGGGUUUCGGGAGGCUGACGUAAUAGCAGGAAUCGCCACCAGGUGUCGACAAAUCCUUCAGUAAAGCGCGCUACCCCUUCGUACUUUCGCACAGAUGCUUCUGUACGUGAUUUUUUUUUCUAAUGAAAUGACGUCUUGCAACAACUGCAGUAACACACACACACACACACAUCAACGGUAAACUGCUGGAAACUAUUUAUCCUGCUUCUUUGUUGAGCCGGAAAAAGCCUACAGGAAAGGGUUAUAGCUGAAUAGAACGAAAUAUGUACAUCAGUGUUUAUCUCUGCAAUACUGCGGCGCUGCAAAAGCAUCCCUCUAGGUUUCAAUGCCGCCGCGCCUGUUAACAUACGUGCGGAAAGGGGACCACCUCGUUUCUGUCAAAUCUGGAAUCGAUCAAAUGCCUUUUUCACGACUAAGACUAGCACAUAUGUUCUGGAUACGCAAAUGGCUUCAAGUGUGAGGAGCGCCGACAGCCUUUCGCACGGUGCGGACACCGGCGAGCGGCGCCGGGCUGCAGUCCCCAAUUCACGGGGAGGGAGAAGCUCGGAAGCCGCAGGAUGCGCACUGAAGACCGGGAGGGAGGGAUCGCCAGCUAGGAGUCUGAUAGCAUUGGGGAUGCUUUUGCUUCUGUUGCAGGCGGCUUUUGCUACUGAGGAUGAAGGAACCUCAGGUUUCUCGAACCCCUCAAAGGAGGCAGGGGCUUUGGCUGGCUCCGUGCACCCAUUCGCUCGAUUGCUCCUGGGAGACGGGGAUACCUUCCCAGGAAUUCACACGGGUCCACCAGGGGCAGCAGAGAGCACAAGAGUACAGCCAGCGUUCUCAUCCAUACUGACUCUUAUGGCCAGUUCUGCCAAAAAGUCCCAGACCUUAGUUCAGUCUUUGGCUUCUCCGAUCAUAUCUAUCAAUGGGUCCAGUAAUCCCAAGAGUGAAAUAGAGCCGUUCUCCUCUGCACCUGCUGCCACCAGCAACUUCUCUUCAAGCUCAGAGGAGUCAUCAAGGGAUGACUUGUCUACAGCUGCAGCCCCCCGAGAUAGAGAUGCACUAGAGAAUGUGACUAGUGCAUUAGAUGGCCAAUUAGGGAAUGCUACAGCACCGGAGAAAGUUAAAAGCACGUCCAGAAAGGCAUCAUCUGCAGCAGUAAUAAAGGCCACUCAGGGCACGAAUGGCAUGCCUCAGCUUAUGACAAUAACCAACACAACCGUGGCCUUAACUACAAGAGUCCCAAGGACCACUAUCACCACAACAAAGCUGACCAGUAACCGUCAAACAACUAUGAGCAUGGUUGAGACAACAACUUCAGAAAAGACUGGCAAACAAUCAACAACUACCCUGACCACAACAGUGGCUGCAGCUACCCAAACACUCAAGAUCCCAGCAUUUAGGCUAACCACAACUGGUGCUCGUAGUACCUCUACAACUGAAGUUUCUCCACUGCAGUGCAAUGUUACAGAGGCUUUCUGGUUGAAAACAGUUCUGUCAGUACACCCAAGGAGAAACCGUCUGGAUAACAUACUGAAACAGAACCUCCCAAAAGGCCUUACACAGGCACUGCGGAAAGCUUUCAACAGCAGCACCGUUCGUGUUCAGCUGGAGAACCUGACGGGCACCUCCAACGUGACAGUGGCGUACUCGGUGGGCAGCGGCAGCAUGGUCUUCAUGACUUCUGUGGUGAUCGAGGCCCUCGCUGUGUACGGGAUUGACAAGUUGAUGACUGACAUCCGGCAGUACGUGCCUCUGGUGCAAUCCCUGUCCAUACCUGUCGCCCCCUGGAGGCCCAGCCCUGCCAUUUCACUUCAGCUCAAAACAGUGCUCCGGUUUGUGGGCCCAGGAGAGAACAUCAAGUCUUGCAGUUUCUCUCAGCUGAUGGAACGGCGACUGGAACUCGCAUUUGCAGAAGCAGCAUCCAAAGUGCUGAAUUCCAACAGCAAGCUGACUGUACAGAUCCUGGGUUCCUCGCGAGCGCUGAGCUCCCCGGCUGUUUCCCUCGUCUAUGUGGUGUGGAACGGCAGCGUCCCUCUGAACGGCACCACCUCCAGCAGCCUCCUGAACCAGUUGACUGCCGAGAUGGUUGGCUACUUCCUCCUCUUCCCCCCACUAAUCAUUGCGGAGCCCCUGGAGUACCACAACCUCAACACGUCCACCGCCACCAGGGACUAUUGGGUGAUCACAGUUGUCCAGGAUGUGGACAACUCCUCCCUGGAGGGAAACUACCAAAGCUUUGCCAGCCUGAUGGAACAGCGGCUCGCAGAGGUCUUUGUCAUCGCCAGGCAGCAAGGGACACGUUUCCGCCGUGCCACCACAGUGGGGAGCUACACCGUCCAGAUGGUGGGCAUACGGCGGGUUCCUGGCUUGAAGAAUCCUGCUGAGAUGACCUACUACGUCCAGCUGAAUGGCAUCCCCAUGCCUGGCACAUCCGCCGCCAAAAUCCUCAACACGGUGGACUCGCAGACGAUGGCCCUUACGCUGGGCUACUUCGUGCAGUUGCAAGCCGAACCUGUGGUGAAGAACCCACCAAAUAACCUGUGGAUCAUCGCCGCCAUCCUGGCACCCAUCGCCGUGGUGACCGUGAUCAUCAUCAUCAUCACUGCUGUGCUGUGCCGCAAGAACAAGGGCGACUUCAAGGCCGACACCAUGGGCAACCUCAACCCCAGGAGCAAGACGGCGUACCGGAGAGAGGCCAGUUACUACCACCAGCCAGUACAAGGGUUUGACUAUGCCAAGCAGCACCUUGGCCAACAGGGCGGCGAUGAAGAGGCUCUCCCUGUUACCCAAGAGACGAUGGUCCUGCCCCUUCCGAUCCGGGAUGCCCCACUCUCUCAGGAGAGGGGUUUGCAUCAAGAUGGCACCACCUCCAAAAAGACCCUCUCCAGUGAGGUGCGCAAAAGUAAGUUGCCUAGUGAAGAUGGUUCCGUCAUCAGCAACGAAUCAGGGAACCUCACCUCCGGGAGGGGGACAGCAGCGCAAAAGAAAGUGACAGCACAGCAGAAACUGGUGAAGGAGGAAGCGCGCGGGAGGACUGACCCCUACGACUCCUCCUCCGGCUCUCUGCAGCUCAUCUCCAUCAAGCCCAUGGUGGCUCAGCCCGCCUACUCUCAUCCACCAUCAUCGGACCGCAGCCAGGAUUCAGCCAUCAUCAACGGGGAGGUGAGCAUGGCCCUGAAGCAGAAGUCAGACAUUGAGCACUACAGGAACAAGCUCCGGCUGAAGGCCAAGCGGAAGGGAUACUACGACUUUCCAGCCAUCAACUCCGGCUACAAGUCUGGGGGCCACAGGCAGAGGUACAGCCACGAGAAGCUCCAGCUGGAGUUCAAUAAGGGCCAGGAUGCUGAUGACGAGAAGGCCUCCACUUACGUCAAAUCCAGGAAAAGACAUUCCCAGCCAAGGAAUCCUGUCUACCGGAGCCGCCAGUCGCUGAACAGCCCCAGUCCUGGAGGAACAGAGAUGGACCUGCUGGUGAUGAGGGAGCGACCCAGGAGAGGGAUUCGCAACAGUGGCUACGAUACGGAGCCGGAAUUAAUCGAGGAGACCAACGUGGACCGAUUGAUAGGCUCCCGGAUCUGUGGCGGUGGGAGGCAGGUCAAGGGUCACUCGGACACAUCCACACUGAGCUCACAGCCGUCCAUCGACGAGGUGCGACAGCAGAUGCACCUCCUCCUGGAGGAGGCCUUCAGCCUGGCCUCAGCUGGUCACUCCAUGGGCAGCCGCCGGCACCACCACCCACAUCACGGCCCCUACAGCCUGCGGCACCCCGGGCCCUACGCUGAGGUGGUGACCAGCGCCCCUGGGACGAUGAGCCGGCCGCGCGGGGCCUUGCAGUGGGUCCCCGCGUACAGGCCUGACGUUUACCAGUACAGCCUCCCCAAACCGGCCUUUAGGUUCACGCAGCUUCCUGACAUGGCCAUGGGCUCCCCGCCACCCCCCAUCCCCCCCAGAAAUGCAGCCACUCCUGGGGCCUCACUCAGGCGUUCCUCUUCCGACAUUGGCCCGAAGCCUCGUACCUCAGAUUCCUCUGCACCUGAGACACGCAGUCAGCAUGACAGCGCCCCCUAUAUGCCGAUCACAAGACCGCCAGUUCCUUCUGUCGCUGCUGCGCUUCCUAUGUCAAACUACUCAGGAAACCCCAUGUCAGCAGUCUACGCCAUACCAGCCAACCGGCCCGACUACUCGGGCUACGUUGUGUCCACGCCCCCGAGCUCGUACCGUAGCCCUUCCUGGAUGUCCUACCCCCCUGAGCCCGAGGAUGUUCCUCCCCAGUGGGCAGAUUCUGUGCCCCUCCCGGGCUAUGUAGAAGCCUUCCCACACCCCCGCUACCCCCAGGGCAGCCCCCCCAUGCUGCCGAGGCAGUACAGCCAGGCAUCAUCCAGCCACAGCGCCCCAGACCACCCAGCGACACCAUCAACUGCUGCUUCCCAGCAGAGUCUGACCGGCACUGUGGACACCCCUGACACCUCCCUCAGCAAUCUCUCCACGGCCGCCCUUGUUAAGGCCAUCCGGGAAGAAGUGGCCAAGCUGGCCAAGAAGCAGACGGAUAUGUUUGAGUUUCAAGUCUAGAGCCCCUAGUGUCCUGGAGGCCAAACCAACUUUUGUCUACUGUGGUACAGAAAGCCACCGGACCAGGCAAGACAGAACUGUAUCUAAAAGUGUCCCCUCUCCCAUUUUUAAAUAGGAUUUGCUUGAUUUUGUUUUGUUGUGAUUUCCCCUUUUAUUUGUCUAAGACAAACUGUUUACCUGUGUUGUUUGCAUUCAGUUUCUGACAUCUUCUUCGGCACUUACAACUGAAAAGCUAUAUUUAACAAACAUCCUGUGUGAUUGUGUUAAUCAUUGACAGCAGCAUUUUACUCAAGGAAAGAAUCCUAAUGAAGAUGAAAAGCCUAGAGGCGCAUGUCCUCACAAAAUCUGUGAAGGUAAUGUAUCAAAGAAAAGUGAGCUGUAUACAUCCUGGAGAAUCCCAGGACUACCCGGAAACAACCAUCCGAUUUACAUGCUGUGUAAUAGUGUCAUGCUUAUCUAGAUGGAAGACUCCGGCAUGGAACAUUUAAUUUAUUUUUUUUUGCUCUACAUUACUCAGAGACUUUCAGAAGACACUGGUGAAUCCAGCGAUAUGGUCCACUGAACAGAAAUGAAACUGACAAAGGUUUAUGUUGCAUGGUAAUGGGUAGCUGUCAAGAGGCUGUCAAACCUAGUAAAACAUACCAUUUUAAAAGUGUGUUAAAUAAUUUGUUUCUGUCUCAAUUUUCAUAAUCACUUAUGUGACUAUGACAUUACUGAUCAAUUCCUAGUAGUUUCAUUCAUGACACAUAAACACGGCAUGAUCAGUGUGAGAUGAUGCUUGUUUAGGAUGGGGUGAUUAUCACUGCUGUUCAGUGGUUCUGUAUUCCUGUCUUAUUUUCAUUAAGUCAGCAGGAAAUCUGUAACUAACCUAUGCAGUCUGUAUCUGUAACAGUGACAGUGGUCAUUCAGAUCACACAAAUCAGAGAUCAGCUCCAGUAAGUCACCUUAACAAUGAAAUCUUGCUCUAACGUACAUUACUGUGGAAUUUUUUAAGCAAAUUAUUUAACCAUGAAUAUCACAAAAAUAUAUUUGAAAGUGUAGCUAAUGGAAAUUACUUUAGUAAAGCAAUGGAUUGAUACUUUCUUAUGAAUUGUACAAAAUCACAUAUUUUCAUGAAUUUAUUUAAAUGAUCACCACGCUACAUAUUACUGAAACCAGUCGUUGUGUUGUCAUCUCAAAACAUGCAACCUUAUUUGACUAUGAGGUCACUCUCUUGGGGUCACUGUAGCGCUAAAAUAUUAUAAAAUGUUACCAUAGAAAGCGUAAUACCAGCAAUAAAUGCCCUCUUAAUUUAUAUAUGACAGCAAUUUGUAACAUUUUUAAAUAUUGCUUAUCACAACAUAGAAACGUUUGCUUAUUUCUUAAACUGGAUUGCAGUAGGAGUUCACAGUGAGUGCAUCCAUAUUGGUGAAAUACGGCUUUAUUUGAAAUAUGCAGCUUUUGCCAGCCCUGAAUAUCCAGUUUGCAGAGAAAGGUUUAAAUGGGCGGUUCAGGUGGACAGUUUGUUGUGCUAAAUAAGGACUUCGUGCCAAUUAACUGAAAAUCCCUUUUCUUUUGGCAACAAGCCUGUAGAAACUUAACAUGUAUCUUUGUACACGUUUUAUUGCAGCCUUAUAAGGAAAACCUGAACACAAUUUUUAAAUAUUUUUACUCAGUCUUUUGUAAAGUAGCAUUAGUCUUUUAAAAUACAUACGUUCAUAAUAUGUUUUUAAAAUACAUAUAUCAUUUACAUUUGCAGUAAUUUGGGAUUUGUUUGUGAAAAUUCAGUACCAAGAAAUAUGUAUGAAUAUAAAAUAUAUUGUACUGAAGUGACUAAAAUAACAUUCUCAAAAAUGAUGGUAUAGCUAUUUACAGGUUAUGCAGUUCUUACCCCCCCCCCCC